AUGCUUCGGGUUGUCACUUGUGUUCUUCUGGUUGUCGGGCUGGGCUUGGCUUUGGAGGUGCCAGCGGGUCUGCGGCCGGCCAAAGCUGUCGGGGAAAGCGAGGAGAAAAUUGUGCCGGCAACUAAUGAGGUGAGGUUGGCCUGGAUUUAAUCUUUGAGGCUAAUACUCGGGCUUCUUACAACAAAAAUUUCAGCAACCAACAGCACCAAGCAAUGCCCGUCCUCCACCUAAUUUGUCGCUGAGAUCAAGACAUGUUGCCGCCCAAAACUCGCCCUCCGAAUCGCAAGAUGGUGAGCCAAAUCAUUCUGAGGUAAGUCGGGGACUUAGUAUAUUUAGUAAAAGUGAUCGCUUAAUGACAGAAUUUGGCUUACCUUGCCUUCUUUCAGGCUGAAUUCAAAGAGCCAGUAGUCUUUACCAAGUCCAAGGGCGCCAAGAAACAAGAAAAGGCGAAGCCCGCCUUCAAGCCAGUUGAGCCAGCACCAUCCGCGUCCAAACUCCCUCGAGUCACGGUACGUAUUGGACCCAAGGGCGCACAAAGGUCUAUACCGGUGUUGCCCGCAAUUAAUAUCCGAUUCCACACGCCCGAGGAAAUCUCCAACGCGGAAUUUGAAUAAAGAAACAACCGUUGCAACGUGGGCUUUUUAUUCCCUGCAUGGUCCUCGCAAAACAUGAACUCGUUGGAAUAAACGUUGAUAAAGUGUGUUGAUUUCAGGGACCACCGCCUCCUAGCGGCAACUACGGAGUGAAUACCAUUCUCCAGACCAACCUGGUCGACUCUAAAGGUCGGAUUAUCAAGGGAGUUAGCUCUGUGCCCAUCAGAGUCCCAUCUACCGAAGAAUUAAAGAAUGCCAAACCAAGGUGAGUACGCUACACUGACAUGACCACCUCGCUUCUUGAAAUUACCUGCUAUUUUUGCAUUGCAGCCGCGCCACCGCCUCUCAAGUGGAAACCGAGGCCGACAAGGUUGUCCCAGUCGAGUUCGGGCGCUCUCAGCCAGCCAUCUAG